AUGGAUUACAACGCUAGUACGCACAAUCUCUUGGAGCGCAUGCUACUUGAUGCAAGUGUAGAGCGGACAAACAUGGCAAUAGCACUUCUAAGUGCCAUCACGAAUGGUUUCUCUGAUGAUCGGAGAAUUGGUAGCUGUGGGUUUGCAGUUGUUUACAAGGGAUUACUUCAGAAUGGGACAGUCGCUGUGAAGAAGCUGUUCAACGCACUUGAGAUGGAUGACGACAAGUUCAUCAAAGAGGUUGCUUCUCUGAUGAGGAUGAAGCAAAAAAAUAUAGUACGAUUCUUGGGAUCCUGUGCUGACACACAAGGGAAAAUAUGGCAUUAUAAAGGGAAGAUGGUCAUUGCAGAAGAACCACAAAGGUUGCUCUACUUCGAGUUUCGGCCAAAAGGGUGUCUUGAUAAGUAUAUCACUGAUGUAUCUGAAGGACUUGAAUGGAGGACACGCUAUCAAAUAAUCAAGGGAGUUUGCGAGGGUUUAUAUUAUCUUCACCAGAAGAAUAUUGUUCAUUUAGAUCUCAAACCUGCAAAUAUACUGUUGAAUGAUGACAUGGUGCACAAAAUUGCUGAUUUUGGUCUCUCAAGGUGCUUUGAUGAAAAACAAAGCAGGGCUAUAACUAAAAACCUGGUUGGAUCACAGGGAUACUUGGCACCAGAAUUCGAUAGUGGACUAAUCACAUUCAAGUCAGACAUAUAUAGUCUCGGUGUUAUAAUCAUAGAGAUAUUGACAGGACAAAAGGCUUAUCCUGAGAUUGACAAUGUACUUCAAGGUUGGAGUGCUGGGUUCAUAAUGUCUCAGGGAGACAAACAGUUGAAAACGUCAUGGGGAGACAAACGGUUGGAACUGGUAAGAGUAUGUGCUGAGAUAGGCAUUAAGUGCAUUGACUACAAAUUAGAGAAGAGACCACUGAAAGGACGUAUAAUUGAGAUGCUUGAUGAGAUGGAAACUAAAUGUGGUUCUACUGAAACUGACUUGUGUACUUCAUGGGUAGCACAUGUAGAAAAGGGUUCUUCUGAGCUGCAGCAUGGCGUACCUAAGGUGCCAGGAGGGACAAGCUCUGAGACAAGUACUAGUCGUGUCUCCAAGUUGGCGGAGCGUGUUUCUACAGCACCAUCCCAGCUGCAGCGAAUAGUCUGUGUACCCAAGGGAUCCGGAGAGACAAGCAGCUCUGAGAUACGCUCCCUCGGGUCCACUGAGAUUAGCAAGCUGCUCGAGGUCUACCCGUCGGAGCUCCGCUUCCCCUUCGAGCCAGACAAGCCCAUCCAAUGCCCAGUGAGCCUGAUCAACAGGACAGACCAGUGCGUUGGCGUCUGGAUUAGACAGACCAACCCAAAUACAUGCUCUGAUGAUGAUUUGGAGGCUGGCUCAUGGUCUUCCCUUUCAGUGAUCCUGGAUCCACAUUCCACAUUGGUCGUGGCUAUGACAUUGGAGGAGCAACAGCAACCGCCAGAAAAGUUUGAGCUGCUGAUGCUCGUCAUGGGGUCGAAGUCAGACCUCACAAGUUUGGAGUCAUCCAUUAGUGGGUAUCUGAACUUGGACAGAGACUUUUUUAAGAGAGUCGAAGAGUUGGGUGGCGAGGUGCACCGUGCGGUGCUGAAGGCUGUCAUCUGUGAUCCAACAAGCUGCCAAGAAGUGAUCUGCAACCAGAAGGUGAGCUUGCCAGAAUUAGAGCUACACCACUUCAUACCAGCAACGUCGAAGUUUGGGGACAUCUUAUGUAUAGAUGUCCACCCCACCGAGACAUGGAUCUUGGUGGGUCACUUCGGUUUCUUUACGAAGGAGGAUGGCGUGACUUGUCCAAAAGAGUAUGUUUCUAUUUGGAACUACGAGACGCAGGAAAUAGUGACGGUGUUGCAGGUAAUCAAGCCAGGCUUGCUUAACCAGGUACAUUGGAUUACUUCGGCCAAAUUCAUCGCUCGAGAGCAAUGGUUCGCAACCGUGGAUGAGGACGGAUGUGUCCAUGUCUACGCUUACACUACAAAGGACAAGGUCAAGGAAUUCGAGGCUCACAAGGGCUUGCGCUAUGUCGUGUUGGCUGUUCACCCAACCGACCCAUUCUUGCUGACGGGGUCUUAUGGUGACACCUGGGUCAAGCUUUGGGACUGGAGCAAGGGCUGGGAGUGCACUCGAAGAUUCGACGUGCACUCAUAUUUCGUGCGUCGUCUCAUGUUUGACCCAAGGGACCGGCGCACUUUUGCUAGUGUUUCCGUUGAUGGGACACUAAAGGUUUGGGACAUUGUUUAUUCUUCCAAUCCUGUCACCACGUUGCCUGCUCGGGAAAAUUUUGAGUACCUUUCCACUGAUAGUCAUCGGCACUUCCUGGUUACUUGUGGCUAUAAUGACCACAGUUGGCGUGCAGAUAUAUGGGAUUCGCAGACAAGGAAUCUAGUUCACACUCUUGAUGUGAGCGGCCGGAGGAUGUGUGACGUUGCUUGCCACCCAACCCUUCCAUUAUUUGUUACCCUGUUAGACGAUGAGUAUGGGUCGACUCUUUGUUUGUGGAAUGCAAGUACCUACAGGCUUGAGAAGAUGGUUCACUCUAUGAACUUUCAGAUACAUGGACACAUAUUACAUGGAGCCGUGUUUUUAACUGGUACUAAGGACUUAACAAGGCUCGUGGUCGGAUCUCAACCAAGGAUAUCAGUAAUGGAGAUUAAUUUGCCAAAGGUAACGAUUGAUGGUGGGAACCAAGGUGUUUGAAGUUUACAAUUGGUAGCACUCAUGUGAGCUAGCCAAGACAAAAAUCCUCACAACACAUGGACUUUUUUUUAGUUCAGUGAUCCCUGCCAUGUUAUAUUCCAUCAAACAAAUAUCAUCUUAGUGGUUAUGGAUAUUUUCGCCAAGCAUAGAUAGAUAUUCAAUAAUAAGC